AUGAGAGGAACUUGGUCAAAAAGCACAGCAUCUGCGUGCACAAACUGUGAGCUUGGAAGCUUCAGCAGAGUGCCCGGGGCGUCGGCGUGCGGAGCAUGCGCGGCGGGGAGCUACAGCGGAGUGCCCGGGGCGUCGGCGUGCGGAGCAUGCGCGGCGGGGAGCUACAGCAGAGAGCCCGGGGCGUCGGCGUGCGGAGCAUGCGCGGCGGGGAGCUACAGCAGAGAGCCCGGGGCGUCGGCGUGCGGAGCAUGCGCGGCGGGGAGCUACAGCGGAGUGCCCGGGGCGUCGGCGUGCGGAGCAUGCGCGGCGGGGAGCUACAGCGGAGAGCCCGGGGCGUUGGCGUGCGGAGCAUGCGCGGCGGGGAGCUACAGCAGAGAGCCCGGGGCGUCGGCGUGCGGAGCAUGCGCGGCGGGGAGCUACAGCAGAGUGCCCGGGGCGUCGGCGUGCGGAGCAUGCGCGGCGGGGAGCUACAGCGGAGUGCCCGGGGCGUCGGCGUGCGGAGCAUGCGCGGCGGGGAGCUACAGCAGAGAGCCCGGGGCGUCGGCGUGCGGAGCAUGCGCGGCGGGGAGCUACAGCGGAGAGCCCGGGGCGUCGGCGUGCGGAGCAUGCGCGGCGGGGAGCUACAGCGGAGUGCCCGGGGCGUCGGCGUGCGGAGCAUGCGCGGCGGGGAGCUACAGCAGAGAGCCCGGGGCGUCGGCGUGCGGAGCAUGCGCGGCGGGGAGCUACAGCAGAGAGCCCGGGGCGUCGGCAUGCGCAGUGUGU